AUGACGCUCGUAGCUCUUGUGGAGAAGAAUUCAGAUGUGGAUGAUUUUUUUUGUUUAGUUACUAAUAUGUUGAAUAUUGUUGGAGCAUCUUAUAAGCACAGGGAUUUUCUCAGACAACAUCAAGCUGUAAAGUUAGAAGAGUUGAUCAUUUCUGAAGAAGUACACAUAGAACAGGGAUUAAAUCAAGAAUGUGAACUUCAAAGAUCAUGUGACACUCGUUGGGGUUCUCACUGUAAGACAUUAGAGAAAUUCAUUGACAUAUUUCAAUCAAUUCUUUAUGUUCUUGGAUUUGCUACAUAUGAGUGUCCAAUUUAUCUUGAUAGACUUACAGCUAAAACUCUUGAGAAUACGAUUAAGGGGUUUGAUUUUGCUUUUAUGCUACACUUGAUGUUGAAAUUUCUAAUGAUAACAAAUCAUUUGAACUCCUCAUUACAAAAGAUGGAUCAAGAUAUUGUCAAUGCUCUAGAACUACUCAAUACUGCAAAACAAGAGUUGCAAAGGAUGAGGGAUAGUGGAAGGAGAUCAUUACUGGGUGAUGUCUUUUCAUUUUGUGAUAAAUAUGAGAUAGCGAUCCCAAAAAUAAAUGCUUGCUACAUUCCUGGUAAUUCAAAACGUAGAGCUCUUGAUGUUACAUAUUCUCAUCAUUUUCAGGUUGAAAGAUUUUGUGUUGUUAUUGAUUUGCUACUCGAGGAGCUUAAUAAUCAUUUCGAUGUUGUGAGUACUGACUUACUUCUUGGUAUGGCUUAUUUACAUCCAGCUAAGUCAUUUGGUAAUUUUGAUAAGGAAAAAAUAAUGAGGUUAGCUGAAUAUUAUCUUAAUGAAUUUGAUAGCAGCAAACUUUGA